ACGCGUUUCCCCGUCUCCGGACUCGCUGGCGGUUGCAGUCACGCAUCUGGCCCCUCAACCCAGUCUUGGGGAGGCAGAGCUAAAGAGUGGCUUCAGCCCGGUGUGAAAUUCAUGCCUGCAUCAUGACAGCUCCCUAAAAACUGGACUCUGAAGCUCAGGUAUAGACAGUUCGUGAGAUGAGUGACUCAGAAGAUGAUGAUACCCCCCAGCUGUCUGCCUACACUUUAGCAGCUCUCCAGGAAUUUUUUGCCGAGACUCAAUGCACAGACUCAACUGGGGAUGGUAAAUAUAACGUUGGAGUGAUAGAAGAAAACUGGCAGUUGAGCCAGUUUUGGUACAGUCGGGAAACAGCCUUUCAACUCGCACAGGAAGCAGUCACUGCUGCAGGGGACAGUGGCAGAAUAGCAUGUGUGAGUGCCCCCAGUGUUUACCAGGCCCUCAGAGAACUGCGCAGAGACGACAUCUUUGUGUCCAUCUUUGAAUAUGACAGAAGAUUCGCCAUGUAUGGAGAGGAAUUUGUCUUCUAUGAUUACAAUAAUCCACUGGAUUUGCCUGACAAAAUCACUGCACAUAGUUUUGACAUCGUAAUAGCAGAUCCUCCUUAUCUUUCUGAGGAAUGUCUCAGAAAGACUUCAGAAACCAUCAAGUACCUGACGCGGGGCAAAAUUCUUCUGUGCACAGGUGCCGUCAUGGAGGCGCUAGCAGCACCGCUCCUAGGAGUGAAGAUGUGCACAUUUAUCCCAAAACACACCCGAAACUUGGCAAAUGAGUUUCGCUGUUACGUGAAUUACGAUUCUGGGCUGGACUGUGGAACCUAAAUACAGAUUGUUACAUAAUGCAAUAAAGGACCCUGGCUGACAUGGCCAUUUCCCUCUUUUUAUUUUCUUUUGAUUGAAAAUUUAUAAUCUCUCCCAUCCUUCCCCAAACUGGGGCCAUCUGGCUUAAUUGUCAAAAUAAAUGGUAUAGGGCCGGGGAUUUAGCUCAGUGGUUUUGCCGCCUGCUGCGUAAGCGCAAGGACCCGAGUUAGAUCCCCGGUACCAAAAAA